GGCGGAAGGAGACGCCGGCCCGAGUGGGCGGCGGGCGGCCGGGGCGCAGGGUGGGCCGGUGCUCGGCUGACCUCUCUGGCCUUGGGCUGCGACAGACUCGAGCCUCGCGGACGCCGGGCCUCCUUCGCUGCGAUGGCGGCGCGCGCCCCGCGUCCCGACCCGUACGGCGCGCUGGGCGCGGGGCCCUCGGCGGGCGCGGCCGAGCUGCGGCGGCGCUACCGGCGGCUCGUGCGCACGUAUCAUCCAGACAGACAGAGUGCAGAUGCACCAGCAGAAGCGGUGGAGGAGUGUGUGCGCAAGUUCAUCGAGAUUGAUCAGGCUUGGAAAAUUCUAGGCCAUGAAGAGACCAAGAAGGAGUACGACCUGCUGCGGCUCGAAGAUGAUCUAAGAAAUUUGGGACCAGUAGAUGCUCAAGUAUAUCUUGAAGAAAUGACUUGGAAUGAAGAUGAUCACUGUUUUUCUCUGAGUUGCCGAUGUGGUGGAAAAUACCGUGUUUCCAAGGACGAAGCAGAAGAAGUCACCCUGAUCUCUUGUGAUACCUGCUCACUAAUUGUAGAACUCCUUCCUCGCAGCUGAAAUGGUUUAGUAAAUGGAAGCCUUUAACUGUGUGUUCACGCCAGCUUUGUCCUUUCAAGCAAAGGUGCACAGCUGAUAAAGAAGUAGGAUUCCUUUUUUGUCAGCUCUGUUAUUUGCACAGAAAAUAUAAGAUUGUUGAGUGAACGCCACCCCAGACUAAUAGAAAAUUAAUUUAGUUAUUUAUAAUUUGUAUUUACCAAUCACCAAAUAAAGGGAUUUGGAUUAUAAAUUAUAUUUAGUGAAUUCCCAUCUGAGAACUCUGUUAUUGGUUUGUUUUCUCCUUCGUACAAAAUAAGAAUUUUCCUUUUCUACAAAUAA